AUGCUUCGCUCUGCAGAAAGGCCCCUGGGACGACUCCAGGUCGGAGCGUUCUGGAGAGCGCGGAGGACCCAGGCCUCGCUCGUGUCGGGAGACAAAGACUCGGGGCAACCAUCGCUCGUCUCUGCGAACAAUGAGAGGACGCAGCCACCGCGCCGCCCACGCUCUCUUCAAGCGAUUUAUCUCAAGCCUUUGAAACGCGAGGCCGAGUUCGGCAUCCCCUCGUGCGACCUGCAGCUGCGAUCGUUCAGUAUUCAGCCCCUCGAGUUCUUCGCCGAUUUCGCAUUGCGGGCCGCCUAUUACCUUGGUUUGCCGGCGUACGGACCUAUCCCGCUACCGCGAAUCACGGAAAGAUGGACAGUCCCCAAGAGUCAUUUCAUCUUCAAAAAGGCGCAGGAGAACUUUGAGCGUGUAACACUACGGCGUAUGAUUCAGGUCAAGGAUGGAAAUCCCGAGACGGUGCAGCUGUGGCUGGCGUACUUGCGGAAGCACCAAUACUACGGCGUGGGUAUGAAAGCAAAUAUGUGGGAGUUUGGUCAAACAGGCGUGGGUCGGACCAUGGAACUGCCCCAGGAUCAACUGAAGGAAUUGGAGUCGUCAUGGUCGCAUCUGGGGCAAACCAAGAAUAUUGGCACGGCUCGCGAGGUGGAAGGACUACUGAGCAGUCGCCGCUUUCAAGAGGUUGUCGGCUCCUCUCGGCCUCAAGGUGCCGCUGGCGGCAAAUAG